AUGUCAUCAAACGAACUAGCAAAUGAUGGCUCGAAAGAAGAGGUUGGAGCCUCAACAGCUCAUUCGCGUCACCUAGAGCGCCUCCACACCGCAGGUGGUCAUUUAGAGGACCGUACCCAACCAGGACUGCCCGUUUUUCAUCGCAAGCUCGCGAAUCCUUCACCAUUAGGGCUCAUAUCGUUUGCUACAGGUACCUUUAAUGUCAUCUGUAAGGAGAUCGUGACUGAUUGGUUAGAUAUGUUCCUCAUAUGUUCGUUCGGAUUACAUGCCAGGGGGAUAUCCAGCCCAAAUGCGAUGAUGGGAGUCUUGGUAUUCUUUGGCGGUAUAGGCCAAUUCCUCGUUGGAAUCAUGGAAUUUGUCGCCGGAAAUACGUUCGGUGCAACCGUUUUCUCCUCCUACGGGGCCUUCAAUCUGUCCUACGCGAUGAUAUAUCUGCCGGGAUCAGGUAUCAUGGCCGCCUAUACCGAUACAUCGACGGGUCAACUGGUGCCUGAAUUCUAUCAGGCAGUGUCCAUAUAUCUAUGGGCAUGGUUCAUCGUUACUGUUCUCUACACUAUUGGAGCAAUGAGGUCUUCUUGGGUCUUGUUCCUCGACCUAGCUUUCCUGGAUGUCAGCCUUCUUCUUCUGGCUUGUGGGUUCAUGGCCCAGGAUGAUAGUGUGCUGAAUGCAGGAUACGCAGUCGGAUAUAUUGUCAGCUUUUUAUCAUACUGGGCUGGGUGCGCUGGUCUAUGGAGUGGUGGGGUAACUCCUAUCAACCUGCCGACAUUUGAGAUGCAUUCGCCCGUGUGA